AAUUCUUUUCUUUUUCUUUCUCUUUCCAGAGAGAAGAAUCGAACGAGAGAAUCUAGGUCUCUCUCCUUCAGAAUUUCUAAGUUUCUUUUUUUCUCUCUCUAUAAUCUCGACUUUUGAAAAUAGAUUCAUGGAUCGAAUAAGAACACAGAGUCCAGGAGGUUAUAGUAGACAGCGGAGUGGAUCGAGUACAGGAUCAUCAUCACCAUCAUCAAUAAUGUCUCCAGCACAUCCUCAUUCACAUCAUGCAAGAUCAUCAUCAACUGUUACUGGUAUGUCAAAUAUUAAAAGAACUCAAAAUGUUGCUGCUAAAGCUGCUGCUCAGAGAUUAGCUCAGGUUAUGGCUUCACAGACUGCUGAUAAUGAUGAUGAUGAUGACGACGAUGACGAUGAUGACGAUGAUUUGGAUUUUCGUUAUCCACAGUCUAAUAAUACUAGUAUCAGUGGUUUCGCUUCUACUAGACCUACUAGAUCUCCUUCGCCUGCGUUAGGUCGGAACUUUAUGGAGCAUACACCGUCAGUUCGUUCCACAUCAGCUGGAAGGCCAUCAGUAGCUGCUGUUCGUACAACAGCAAUGGUACCACCAAGUAAACCGUCAAUAAGGACACCAAUUCCUAUACCACCAUUGGACCCUCCUACAAAUAGGAGUAGAGAUAAAAGGUUCACGUCAGACAUGGGGAAUCUGAACUCAAAAGAUUCUUCAGGAAAUCAGCGCGAGGCGUCUGCACUUAGAGAUGAGCUUGAUAUGCUACAGGAAGAGAACGAGAAUAUUAUUGACAAGCUACGAAUUGCGGAAGAGAGAUGUGAUGAAGCAGAAGCCAGAGCCAGAGAGCUUGAGAAACAGGUUGCUUCUCUCGGAGAAGGUGUAUCUUUGGAAGCCAAAUUGUUGAGCAGAAAGGAAGCAGCAUUGCGGCAAAGAGAGGCUGCUCUCAAAGCUGCAAAACAGUCCAAGGAUGUGAGGGCAGAGGAAAUUGGAUCACUUAAGUCCGAAAUUGAGAAUGCAAAACAAGUGGCUGCAGCCGCUGUGGAACAGCUUCAGGAGGCAGAAUCUGAAGCCAAAUCUCUCCGCUCAAUGACGCAGAGAAGGAUCUUGAAUCAAGAAGAGAUGGAGGAAGUUGUUCUCAAGAGGUGUUGGCUUGCUCGCUAUUGGGGUUUAGCUGUACAGCAUGGCAUCUGCCCAGAUAUUUCAGGGUCAAAACAUGAGCACUGGUCAUCCUUGGCUCCUCUUCCUUACGAAGUUGUUAUUUCUGCUGGGCAGAAGGCGAAGGAGGGAUCCAAGAAUCAAGGCAAGGGAGAUCAAGAUAACAAGAACAAGCUUACGAGGGAUUUGAACGAUCUAACUGGAGAAGGGAACAUUGAGAGUAUGCUUUCAGUUGAGAUGGGCUUAAGGGAACUUGCUUCUCUGAAGGUUGAAGAUGCUGUUGUAUUGGAAUUGUCUCAGCACCGACGCUCAAAUUUAGUUCGCCAGUCCAGCUCUGAUGUCAAGUCUCCUGGUGAUCCGAAGUAUAUGGAGGCAUUUGAGUUGAGUCCAGCAGAGUGUGAAGACGUUCUUUUUAAACAGGCAUGGCUUACAUAUAUCUGGAGGAGAGCAAAAGCACACGGUGUAGAAGAAGAUAUUGCAGAAGAAAGACUUCAAUUUUGGAUCGAUUGUAUUAUUAAACCUAUUGAUCAAAAACCAACAUCCCAUGAUGCUGUUGAUGUGGAAAGAGGUCUUCUGGAACUGAGAAAGCUAGGAAUUGAGCAGCAAUUGUGGGAAGUAUCACGCAACGAAAUUGAUGUAGGGACCUUCUCUACAACUACCAAUCACAAACCUGCUGUAGAUACUGAUGUCCCCCCUUGAUCAUGAUAUUUCCUUCCCAGGGCUGCAAAGUUAUCAUUUUCACCUCAAAACCACUUGACGACUUGUCUGCAUAGUUCUUAGGGUCCCUUUAGAGGGUGUCUGUACAAUAGGUUAGUGUCCCUAAAAGAAACAAGUAAAAAAGUACAGGGGAAAAUAGGAACAAGACAUCAAUUUGAGAGAUUGUUUUUUUGUUUUUUUUGUAACUAAUGGUUUGUUAUUUAAUUAUUUCUUUCGACUGUGUACUCUUUGCUGCAUUUUAAUGCUUGCUUUGUAAAAUCUUCAGAUCCUUUCUCUCGUAUUCAAUUUACCAUUUGUAUG